GUUUCCCAUGCUAUACGGAGGGCCGAAGGGGGCCUAUAGGCCUCUCUGUAGAUGAAGCAGCACUGCAAAGCGUUCCCACAGGAACCACAGGAGCUCUCCUAUAGGAGACUGAGGCCAUAGAGCGCCCCCUGAGGAGUGUACAGCGCCGCGCAGACUUUACCGUAGAGCGCCCCCUUCCGGCCCGGAGGUCCCGCUCCGGAAGUCCCCGGGGCAGGGGGCGGAGACAUUGAAGUCACGUGGCGGCCCGUCCCGCCGUAAGGAUGAGUCACGCGGGCCCGGCCCCCAUUGGCUCCGCCCUCAGCCAAUCACCGCCCGCGCGAGGGGAAGGCGUGUCCUUCUGCAGGGAGCGACGUCCCUCUGGACCAAUAGAGAAGCGAGCGCGGAGGUGAUGUCGCAGCUGUGUGUCCCCCGCGGGGGCCGGGCCCUCCUGGGGGCAUGGAGGCUCCGGUUGCUGCGGGCCCCCCCUGGGUCUGUGCGCUCCGCCAGCUGCCAGCCCAUCCGCAAAGUGCUGGUGGCCAACCGUGGUGAGAUCGCCAUCCGCGUCUUUCGUGCCUGCACGGAGCUGGGGCUGCGCACGGUGGCCGUGUACUCUGAGCAGGACACGGGGCAGAUGCACCGGCAGAAGGCAGACGAGGCGUACCUGGUGGGGCGGGGGCUGCCCCCUGUCCAGGCCUACCUGCACGUCCCCGACAUCAUCCGCGUGGCCAGGGAGAAUGGGGUGGACGCCAUCCACCCCGGGUACGGGUUCCUGUCGGAGCGCGCCGACUUCGCCCAGGCCUGCGUGGACGCGGGAGUGCGCUUCGUUGGGCCUCCCCCGGAGGUGGUCCGCAAAAUGGGGGACAAAGUGGAGGCACGCGGCAUCGCCAUUGCUGCUGGUGUCCCGGUAGUGCCGGGGACGUCAGCACCGGUGGCAACGUUGGCGGAGGCUCAGGACUUUGCUGCCCGCGUUGGGUUCCCCAUCAUCUUCAAAGCGGCCCACGGCGGGGGGGGGCGUGGCAUGCGCGCCGUGCACGGCCCCCAGGAGCUGGAGGAGAGCUUCUCCCGCGCCUCCUCGGAGGCUUUGGCCGCAUUUGGGGACGGAGCGCUCUUCGUGGAGAAACUCAUUGAGCGCCCGCGGCACAUCGAGGUCCAGAUCCUGGGGGACAAACACGGGAACGUGGUGCACCUAUACGAGCGUGACUGCUCCAUCCAACGCCGCCACCAAAAGGUGGUGGAGAUCGCCCCGGCCGCACGCCUGGACCCACAGCUGCGCGCCCGCCUGGCUUCCGACGCCGUGCGCAUUGCUCAGCAGGUGGGCUACGAAAAUGCAGGGACGGUGGAGUUCCUAGUGGACCGCGAUGGGAACCACUAUUUCAUCGAGGUCAACUCGCGGCUGCAGGUGGAGCACACAGUGACUGAGGAGAUCACAGGCGUGGACCUGGUGCAGGCGCAGCUGCUGGUGGCCGCUGGGCGCUCGCUGCCCGAGCUGGGGCUGCAGCAGGACAGCGUGCGGGUGAACGGCUGCGCCAUCCAGUGCCGCGUCACCACCGAGGACCCGGCCCGCGGCUUCCAGCCUGACACCGGGCGCAUCGAGGUGUUCCGAAGCGGUGAGGGCAUGGGGAUUCGCCUGGACGGAGCCUCAGCCUUCCAGGGCGCUCUGAUCUCACCCCAUUACGACUCGCUGCUGGUGAAGGUGAUAGCCCACGGCCCCGACCAGCCGUCGGCGGCCGCCAAGAUGAGCCGUGCGCUGGCCGAGUUCCGGAUCCGCGGCGUCAAGACGAACAUCCCAUUCCUGCAGAACGUCCUCGCCCACCCCCAGUUCCUGGGGGGGGCCGUUGACACUCAGUUCAUCGAUGAGAACCCUGAACUCUUCCACCUGCGGCCCAGCCAGAACCGGGCCCAGAAGCUUCUACACUACUUGGGCCACGUGAUGGUGAACGGCCCCAGCACCCCCCUCCCUGUGAAGGCCAAAGCAGCAGUGGUGGAGCCUGUACCCCCCCCGGUUCCCAUGGGCCCCCCCCCAGCGGGUCUGCGGGCGGUGCUGCAGCGUGAGGGCCCGGCGGGGUUCGCACGGGCGCUGCGGGGGCACCGGGGGCUGCUGCUGACCGACACCACCUUCCGCGACGCCCACCAGUCCCUGCUGGCCACCCGGGUGCGCACCCGCGACCUGGCCCGCGUCGCCCCUUUCGUGGCCCAUUCGCUCAGCCCCCUCUGCAGCAUGGAGACCUGGGGCGGUGCCACCUUUGACGUUGCCAUGCGCUUCCUGCACGAGUGCCCCUGGGAGCGGCUGCGGGAGCUGCGGCGCUUGGUCCCCAAUAUCCCCUUCCAGAUGCUGCUGAGGGGCGCCAACGCCGUCGGCUACACCAAUUACCCCGAUAACGUCAUCUACCGCUUCUGCGAGGUGGCUGCAGCCAAUGGCAUGGACAUCUUCCGCAUCUUCGACGCCCUCAACUACCUUCCCAAUCUGCUGCUGGGAGUGGAGGCCGUGGGCCGGGCGGGGGCCGUGGUGGAGGCCGCACUGUCCUACACCGGGGACGUGGCUGACCCCACGCGCACCAAGUACAGCCUCGACUACUACCUGGGGCUGGCCCGCGAGCUGGUGGCCGCUGGCACCCACAUCCUGUGCAUUAAGGACAUGGCGGGGCUGCUGACCCCAGCGGCUGCCCGCCUGCUGGUGGGGACUUUGCGGGAGCGCUUCCCCGAGGUCCCCAUCCACGUGCACACCCACGACACGGCCGGAGCCGCCAUCGCCACCCUCCUGGCAGCCGCCAAUGCUGGCGCUGACGUGGUGGACGUGGCUGUGGAUGCCAUGUCUGGGAUGACCUCGCAGCCCAGCAUGGGAGCGCUGGUGGCCUGCGCUCGUGGGACCCCCCUGGAUACAGGCAUUGCCUUGGAGCGGGUCUUUGAGUACAGUGAGUACUGGGAGGGGGCACGGGGGCUCUACGCCGCCUUUGACUGCACGGCCACCAUGAAGUCCGGCAACGCUGACGUCUAUGAGAACGAGAUCCCGGGGGGACAGUACACCAACCUGCACUUCCAGGCCCACGCCAUGGGGCUGGGGCAUAAAUUCAAGGAGGUCAAGAAGGCCUAUGCUGAGGCCAACAAGCUCCUCGGGGACCUCAUCAAGGUGACGCCGUCAUCGAAGGUGGUGGGGGACCUGGCGCAGUUCAUGGUGCAGAACGGGCUGUCCCGGGAGGAGGCGGAGGCGCGGGCGGACGAGCUCUCCUUUCCCCUCUCCGUCGUCGAGUUCCUGCAAGGCUACAUCGGGACUCCCCCAGGGGGCUUCCCUGAGCCCUUCCGCUCCAGGGUGCUGAAGGACCUGCCACGCGUGGAGGGCCGCCCGGGGGCCUCGCUGCCCCCCCUGGACUUCGAGGCGCUGAGCCAGGAGCUGGGGGCACGCGAUGGAGCCCCCCCCAGCCCCGAGGAUCUGCUCUCGGCAGCGCUGUACCCCAAAGUUUACGCCGAAUUCCGUGACUUCACCUCCAGUUUUGGCCCUGUCUCCUGCCUGGGCACCCGCCUCUUCCUCGAGGGGCCCACCAUCGCCGAGGAGUUUGAGGUGGAGCUGGAGCGGGGGAAGACGCUGCACAUCAAAGCGUUGGCGCUGGGGGACCUGAACGCGGCGGGGCAGCGUGAGGUGUUCUUCGAGCUCAACGGGCAGCUGCGCUCCAUCCUCGUGCGCGACACUCAGGCCUUGAAGGAAAUGCACGUGCACCCCAAGGCAGACCGGUCGGCCAAGGGACAGGUGGGGGCCCCCAUGCCGGGGGAGGUGGUGGAGGUGCGGGUGAAGGAGGGGGCAGCGGUGGAGAAAGGAGCCCCCCUCUGCGUGCUGAGCGCCAUGAAGAUGGAGACGGUGGUGACAGCGCCGCGGGGGGGGACUGUCAUCCGCCUCCACGUGCGUCCUGGGAUGAGCCUGGAGGGGGAUGACCUCAUCGCCGAGAUUGAGUAAGGGGAGGGGGGGCAACCCCCUCGCACCCCCCCUCCCCCCCAUAUGGCCCUGGCACUUUAAGAAUUCCCCCCAUUUCUCUGGAGGUGAUGCAGGUUUAGGGUGUCCCCCCCCCCACCACACACACACGCAGAAAAAAGCAGGAUCAGGGCCUUGAUGAUGGAAGGGGUCAUCUCAUUUUGGGGGGUCAUCCUGUUUUUGAGGUGUUCAUCCCAGUUUUGGAGGAGGUCAUCCCUUUCUUGAGGUUCAUUCAAUUUUUUUGGGGGGAUAACCCCAUUUAUGGGGGUCCAUCCCAUUUUUGAUGAGGUUCAUCCCCUGGUUUGCGGGGGCUCACCUCAUUUUGGGGAAUGACCCCAUUUAUAGGGGGGCUUCACCGUAUUCUGGGGGGGACCCCAUUUUGAGGGAGCUUCAAUCCUUUCAGGGAUCAUUCCUCCUGGGGGGGCAUCCUCACCCCAUUUUUGUGAGCGUUUGACCCCCUUCUUGGGGCGUUCCACCCAUUUCAAGGUGGAGGGUUCACCUCUUUAGGGCAUCUCAUGCCCUUGGGGAGGACGUCAUCCCCAUAGCAUUCUUCACUUUAUUUUUUUUUUUUUUUUGAGGGGGGGCUGCACCUAAUCUGGAGGUCUUAACACCUUUAAGGGGGGAGCGCUUCACCUUUUUGGGAGCUCCUAGCACACUUUGUGAGGGGGGAGGUGUUGAUUCUGGCCCUCUCCCCUCCAACCUUAGCUCGGGGGGGUGUUAGACCUCCCCCUCACUUUAACCCUGCCCUGGAAAUGUGGGGAGGGGGUGUGCCCUGCCAUGCUGCCUUAGGGGGAAGCAGCGCUUUCUGGGGGUCCUACCCCCCUCUCAGCUGUUGCUGCCCCAGAUGUUGAUGCCAAACACCCUCCCUCAAACCUCUCUGGUUUUUGGGGAGGGGCACAUUGUGCCGAGAAGUGGAGGGGAGAGGGUACACAUACAGAGUCUGUGACCAAAGGCUGGGAAAGGACUGGAAUUUGGAGUGAGGGUUGUUCCCCCCCUCCCUGGGAACAAACCUGGAAGGGAGGGGGGACGGGGCUCACCCUCUGCCCUCACCCUUGUCUGCUCUCCCCCACCCCCCCGUCCCCCAGAGUGGAGGGAGAGCCCUGGGCAAUAAAGACUGGACUAACUC